AUGACCUCUACCGCCGUCAGACUCACGGAGCGUCCCGGCUCCAGGGGCCAGAUCGCCCACGCCUUCUUCGGACUGGAUCUUGGUGACGAGCAGCUGGACGCCCUGCAGAAGUAUUUUGUCUAUUACAGCGAAGAGCUAGAGCUGCUUCGCAAGGGCAUCUCGAAGGAUUCAUGGCAGUCGAAAGGCCUUCCGGUAACGACCUACGAGGACAUUUUCCACCUGGUUGAUGUGUUGCGCCACAAUCAUCAGUCUCGACGACCAGAGCUCCGCCAGUGUCUCACCUCCCGCUUUCGCACGUCCCACGUUACCGGCCUAAAUCGAUCCAUUGACCUCGCCAUUCGUCUGUGGCUCAUGGUAAACACCCAAGAUCUCGAAUUCGCAGGUCUACGGCAUGAAGCCACUAGUGUUCAGUGGGACGAUGAAAACACUUUGGAGGACUUUGUUGGCUCGCUCUUCCCCCACUCACGAUGGCAGCUUACAGCUCAGUCGAACCGCCUGAGUCCCUUUUUCACCGUGGCAUUCAUGCAAGACGUAUGCGGCUUGAGAAUUCAAAGGACGACCAGCCUUCACGACCAUCUGCAGUUGGACAGAUUCCGAAAAGAGCUUAAGAUAUUUCCCUACAAAUGCCACAUCAAGGCUCUCAUCGACAGCCACGGUUCAGGCAACGCUAAGCAACCUCCCCUCAUCCCUCUUAAAGUCCUCAGAGAAACAAAGCUCUCGUUGGAUCUGCUGUUCCCCUUCUGGCACAGCAGGACUGUGGCACUCCUCGCGAAGGAGAAGCAGGACUUCCACGAACAUGGGCCUUUUGAGGCUAUUCGAACGCUCACCUUGUCGGACUUUGACCAUUGGAGAGAUCGACUCCUAGACCUCCAUGAAGAAAUCUUUCAAGCGCCCCCAAUCAGUUGGGCUCAGUUGUGGAGAGACCGUCGCAACCCACAACAAUUCUGGACAUUCUGGAUAGCCAUGGUGAUAUUGAUUCUGACAUGCGUAGCAACAGUAGCUACCAUCAUUCAAGCCUGGGCUUCCCUCAAAGCGUUGGGAGUAUCAUCGCGCUCGGCUUGA